AUGUCUCCGAGGGCGGCCGCUCUUCUCCUGGCGCUUCUGGUGGUCUCAGGGGCACGGGCUGAUGUCAACCCGGACGAGGUGGCCGGCGUCCUCUGGAAGUACUUCACCGAGCUGGGCAGCCACGCCAAGGAGACGGUGGACCAGCUGCAGCAAGCUGAGAUCAGCAAGCAGCUCAACACGCUGCUGAAGAGCAACCUGAAGAGCGUCACCUCGUACGCCGAGGAGCUGCAGCAGCGCCUGGUGCCCUUCGCCACGGAGCUGCAGGCGCGGCUGGCGCAGGACUCGCGGCGGCUGAAGGAGCAGAUCCGGCAGGAGCUGGAUGAGCUGCGGGCCAAGCUGGCGCCCUACGCCGACGAGGUGCACCAGCAGAUCGGCACCAACAUCCGCCAGCUGCAAGCCAAGAUGAGCCCCUAUGCUGAGGAGCUGCGCUCGCAGGUGGACCACGGCGCCGGGGAGCUGCGGCGAGCACUGGAGCCCUACGCCGCGGAGCUGCGGGACCGGCUGCAGGGCAACGCCGAGAGCGUCCAGGCCGCCCUCGGCCCCUACGCCGACCGGCUGCAGCAGCAGAUCGACGGCGGGGUGGACGGCCUGAGGCAGCGGCUGGCCCCGCUGAGCGAGGAGCUGAAGGCGCAGGUGGGGCAGAGCAUGGCGGAGCUGCGGCAGGGGCUCGACCCCUAUGCCCAGCAUGUGCGGGACGGCCUGGAGCGGCAGCUCGAGAGCCUGACGGCGCAGAUGGAGCAGGCGGCCGAGGAGCUGCGCGCCCGCCUGGCCACCAGAUCGGAGGAGCUGCAUGCCCAGCUGAGCGAGCUGGCCCAGGAGCUGCGGCAAGCGGCCAGCGGCGACGCCGAGGGCCUGCCGCAGCGCCUGGCCCCGCUGGCCCAGCAGCUGGACGAGCGCGUGGGGCAGACGCUGGCGGCUUUCCGGCAGCAGGCAGCCCCCUUCGGCGAGACUGUGGGGCGGCAGCUGGUGGAGCGGCUGGAGGCCAUGCGGGGCAAGCUGGACUCGGGCACCGCCGGCGUGGAGGAGCACCUGGAGCUGCUGGAGAAGGAGGUGCGGGACAAGGUGGCCGCCUUCCUCAGCACCACCCAGCCGGCGGAGAACUAAGAGCCCCCCUCGCCCCCAAAGCAGAAAUAAACCUCCGCUUUGUGA